CAAAAUCAAACAUCAUUGAAUGUUAAACAAUAAACAGAGAGGCAAAACAAAUCAUAGUGUUUCUAAUCCCUGAAAUAAUCCCACUUCUUCUAUCCUCCUCAUUUCUGUUUCUGGGUUUUAAUCGAUCUCGCUCCUUUCUCAUCCUUCCGUCUGAAUUACGGUCUGAAAUCGCUGGACAGUUUUGAGCUUUGUAACAACGCAAAGGCGAGUUCUUGUUUCUCUGUUUGCUUUUUCUCCGUCACGGAAUCCUCUUCUCUAGGAACAAUCAGUUUCUAUUUACAGAUUCACCUGUCAGGUCUCUGAGAUUUGUCUUUUUGCAAAUUUCUCUUUUCUCAGAUCCAUUGACCUCAUCCACAUACAUAAAGUUUAGGUCUUUUCAAAAGGGUCUAGUUCUUGUCCAGUUGUGUAAAAUUCUGGGGUUUAGCCGAAUUUCACCAUCUUUGAAGACCAUGAGAGGCGUCUUCAUCGUCUUCGUAACGUGUCUGGUUUUCUUACCGGAUCCUCUACUUGCCGGUGUAGCGUCCAUCGGGAAAAUCAUUCCAGGUUUUGGAGGAUCUCAGAUGAAUUACAUCAACAACGACGGUAUCUUCCUCGAAUCCAAUAACUCAGACUUCGGCUUCGGUUUCGUAACUACACAAGAUUCCGUUACUCUGUUCACACUCAGCAUCAUCCACAAGAGCAGCACCAAACUGAUCUGGUCGGCGAACAGAGCUUCCCCUGUUUCCAAUUCCGACAAGCUUGUGUUCGAAGACAACGGAAAUGUGGUGCUGCGUAGAGAAGACGGAGGAACUGAGGUUUGGAGAUUGGAUAAUUCAGGCAAAAAUGCUUCAAGAAUGGAGCUGCGUGACUCUGGGAAUCUCGUUGUUGUUUCUGUUGAUGGAACUUCGAUCUGGGAGAGUUUUGAUCAUCCGACAGAUACUUUGAUUACAAAUCAAGCUUUUAAAGAAGGCAUGAAGCUCACUAGCAGUCCUUCUUCGAGCAACAUGACUUAUGCUCUUGAGAUCAAAUCAGGAGAUAUGGUAUUAUCUGUUAACAGCUUGACCCCUCAAGUGUAUUGGUCAAUGGGAAAUUCCAGAGAGAAGAUCAUCAACAAAGAUGGCGGCGUAGUGACUUCAUCGUCUCUCCUUGGGAAUUCAUGGCGGUUCUUUGAUCAGAAACAGGUUUUGUUAUGGCAGUUUGUAUUUUCAGACAAUAAAGAUGAUAACACAACUUGGAUCGCUGUUUUGGGAAACAACGGUGUGAUCUCUUUUUCUAAUCUUGGAAGCGGGACAUCUGCUGCUGAUUCUUCGACUAAAAUCCCGAGCGAUCUGUGCGGAACACCUGAGCCUUGCGGGCCUUACUAUGUCUGCUCGGGUUCUAAAGUAUGUGGAUGUGUGUCCGGGUUGUCUCGGGCUCGGUCUGAUUGCAAAACCGGGGUCACUUCUCCCUGUAAGAAAACCAAGGAUAAUGCAACAUUGCCUUUGCAGCUCGUAAAUGCUGGAGACGGUGUAGAUUAUUUCGCUCUCGGGUUUGCUCCUCCCUUCUCCAAGAAAACCGAUCUUGAUAGCUGUAAAGAGUUCUGCAACAACAAUUGCUCGUGCCUUGGUCUGUUCUUCCAGAACAGUUCUGGUAAUUGCUUCUUGUUUGAUUGGGUUGGAAGCUUUAAAACCUCUGGCAAUGGAGGCUCUGGGUUUGUGUCUUACAUCAAGAUCGCAAGUACUAGUUCUGGAGGUGGAGAUAACGGAGAAGAUGAUGGGAAACAUUUUCCUUAUAUAGUGAUUAUUAUCGUGGUGACAAUUUUUAUCAUCGCUGUUUUGAUCUUUGUGGCCUUCCGGAUUCAUAAGAGAAAGAAAAUGAUCUUGGAGGCUCCUCAAGAGAGUUCAGAAGAGGAUAAUUUCUUGGAGAAUUUAUCCGGGAUGCCUAUCCGGUUCGCGUACAAAGAUCUUCAGUCAGCGACGAAUAACUUCUCGGUGAAGUUAGGUCAAGGAGGGUUUGGAUCGGUCUAUGAAGGUACUUUACCAGAUGGUUCUCGUUUGGCUGUGAAGAAACUUGAAGGAAUCGGUCAAGGAAAGAAAGAAUUCAGAGCCGAGGUUAGUAUAAUCGGAAGCAUUCAUCAUCUGCAUUUGGUGCGGCUCAGAGGAUUCUGUGCAGAAGGGGCUCAUAGGCUUCUCGCGUACGAGUUCUUAUCCAAAGGUUCGUUGGAGAGAUGGAUAUUUAGGAAAAAGGAUGGCGAUGUUCUGCUAGAUUGGGACACAAGAUUUAACAUCGCACUCGGAACAGCCAAAGGAGGAAGAAAGAACUAUGAUCCAUCAGAAACUUCGGAGAAAUGCCAUUUUCCUUCCUUUGCUUUCAAGAAGAUGGAAGAGGGGAAGCUUAUGGAUAUUGUCGAUGGGAAGAUGAAGAAUGUUGAUGUGAAUGACGAAAGGGUUCAAAGGGCAAUGAAAACUGCGCUUUGGUGUAUACAAGAAGAUAUGCAAACGAGACCCUCGAUGAGCAAAGUUGUUCAAAUGCUUGAAGGUGUUUUUCCGGUGGUUCAGCCACCAAGUUCUUCCACUAUGGGAUCGAGACUUUACUCAAGCUUCUUUAAGUCCAUCAGCGAGGACGGCGGUGCUACUACGUCAUCUGGACCAUCAGAUUGUAACAGUGAGAAUUAUCUCUCGGCCUGGGUAGACAAUAGAAACUCCCGGUACAUAAAUUUCAUCUGGGUCUCGGAGACUCUCGUCCCACCGUUAAAGAUGACGACGACGACUGCUUCUCUUUUGAAGACUUGUCUUUUUGGGUGCGACUCGUCUUCUUCUUUCAAAUUCAAAUGCAAAUUCGAAUCUCCCGCGAAAACGCGAUUGCUCUCUCCGGCGACCGGGAAACAUGUUGUCAGAUCGUUAAGAGCCUGGCGUAUUCGUUGUAUCUCCGAUGAUCCUGGUUCGAGUAAUGUUUUCGUAUCCAGUAGAAGAAAAAUGGUAGCCUUGUUGUCGACGGUGCAGCUUCUGUCUCAUUUGCUUCCGCCAAACGGGAACGCAGCUGAGAUUUAUCCGGUGAUGCAAAACGAAAUAAGGAAAGUGGUGACAAAGGGUAAAGCUGCUGGUGUGCUUCGUUUAGUGUUUCAUGAUGCUGGAACCUUUGAACUGGACGAUCAUUCUGGUGGCAUCAACGGGUCUAUUGCUUAUGAACUCGAGAGACCUGAAAACACAGGUUUGAAGAAAUCCUUAAAGGUUCUAGCGAAAGCAAAGAUUAAGGUUGAUGAGAUACAACCAGUGUCUUGGGCGGAUAUGAUCUCUGUCGCUGGGUCUGAAGCAGUUUCAAUAUGUGGCGGCCCAACAAUUCCAGUAGUUUUGGGAAGACUUGAUUCAGCGCAACCUGAUCCAGAAGGCAAGCUACCUCCAGAAACCCUGAGUGCCUCGGGUUUGAAAGAAUGCUUCAAAAGAAAAGGAUUUUCGACCCAGGAGCUUGUUGCUUUGUCUGGGGCACAUACGCUAGGUAGUAAAGGCUUUGGAGAUCCGACAGUGUUUGACAAUGCAUACUACAAAAUCCUUCUUCAAAAACCAUGGACAUCAACUUCCAAAAUGACCAGCAUGGUCGGGCUUCCUUCGGAUCAUGCCUUAGUGGAGGAUGAUGAGUGCUUAAGGUGGGUGAAACGAUAUGCAGAAGACCAAGACAAGUUCUUCGAAGACUUCAACAAUGCUUAUAUCAAACUAGUUAAUUCUGGGGCCAAAUGGAAUAAGUUAUGAUGUCUAGUUUUAUCUUUUGUUAGCUCAUAAGUGUUUCAAACAUGCCUGAAUAAUUUGGGUAGUAAUACUUAAUUGCUAGUAAGUAAAAAGUUUCUCUGCCAACUACUACAAAACUAAGCAUCAAAUAUACUCAGAAAUUUACU